UAUAAGAAUUAUUAUGCGGUAGAUUCAAUCUAGAUUUAAUUGUUAUAUCUUCUAGUUGAGUGCGAAAAAAUAUUAAUACAAAAAUGAAUAUUAAGUGUAUGAUUUUGUUAUGUGUAACAUUUUAUAUUCCAGCGAUAAAUGCUAUCGAGAAACCGGAAUUAGAUUUUCUAUGGAACGCAAUCAAAAAUGUUAAAGUCGAAAAAGACUAUAUACACUUGUCCGACCUCGUUGCUUAUUACGAUUAUAAUGAGAUAACAGUACUAUUUACUGCCGUAACAACAAGAUUUGGAGUCCCAUUUAAGAAUGAUGAAGGCGAUCCAGACGUGAAAUUAGAGUAUGAUGGAUUUAUCAAGGCCGCAGAUGAAGGCUUUAUACCAAGAUGGGAAUUAUAUUUGAUGCGUGAUAAAUUUGAAGAAAUCGCCUCACGGGGACCAUAUGGACUCCAAAUAUUUUUCGACGAUAUAAAAAAGCAUGAUAAAUAUAGUAAAACAAAAAUCAAUGCUAUUAUGAAAAAAUUCGGAUGCGGUUUAAAAGAAGAACAGCCUAGACUAUCUUUCUUUGGAUUUAUAAGAGCGGUGAACGCUGGUAAAUAUCCAGUGCUCGACUUAAAUGCUCGUCUUUGCAAGUAGGCAUGCGUUGGAGCCGAUAACCAUAAGAAGCAGACACCAUAAAUCAAUCAUAAUAUAUAUAUUUCUGUUUUUAAAUAUUGUUAUUAUUAUUUAAAUAUUACUAUUUGAUUUCAUACAAAUUUAUCAUUUAUGUGUAUACAAAUUCUGAAUAUUUAUAUUAAGUAUAUUUAUUUGUUAUUUACUGAUUUAUAUUUUUCUUAUUAUAUAAUAUAUGCAUUUUUUUUCUUUAGAGACACCUGUCUUUUAAAAUAAAGAUUUUAUCCUUAACGAUGGACGAUACAGUGUUGUAUUGAUAUAUUAUGUAAACUGUUCAAUACUGUUAAAUAAAAAAUUAUUAUUGUUUCCGUUAACAACUCCUUU